AUGGCGGGUCUCCAGAUUUGGCGCCAUGUGCCGGGCAAGGUCCUCUUGUUCUUAAUUAACCUCGUCGCGGCGACGGCUCUAAUUUUCGAAGGAUACAAUCAGGGUGUCCUCGGAACUGUUAGCGCCACGCCCGGCUUCAUCAAAAUGGCUGAUAUUGGCCACGAUGGGGUCGUAACCAACACGACCAAGCAAGGCGGGCUUGCCGCAGCGUAUUAUUUCGGAGGCAUGUGGGGGUGCUUCAUAGGUGGAUGGGUUGGCGAUAGGAUGGGACGCAGAGGGGGUGUCCUCAUUGGAACUGCAUUUGGCAUCCUCGGCGCAGCCCUCAUGGCCGGCAGCCAAAACGCCAGCAUGUUUAUCUGCGCGCGUGUCAUUGCAGGCAUCGGCAUCGGCUUCAUGAAUGCCAUUAUCCUGCCGUGGGUCAGCGAGCUAUCCCAGUCGCACGACCGCGGCUCCAGCUUCUCUCUCGUCUUCGUGGCAAACUACCUGGGCAUUGUCAUUGCUUACUGGAUCAAUUUCGGCAUUCGCAACUCCAACCUCGAGUUCCGCUGGAGAUUCCCUCUGGCAUGGAUGAUAAUUCCGCUUCUGGUAGUCGACGUGGCAGUGCCGCUGCUACCUGAAUCUCCCAGAUGGCUCAUUGCCAAUGGUCAACGCGAGCAGGCCAUCGACAUCCUGUGCCGGCUCCGAGGAGACCUCAGCCCCAACGACCCUAUAAUAACCGCCGAGGUCGAGCAGCUGGACGCCAUCGUUGAAGCAACCCAUCACAAGCGCAACGAUCUCGCCAACAUUGUCCUCGGAGGCCGCUUCUCUGGGAAGCUGCACCUUGGUCGACGAGCUGUCCUCGGCUUCGCCCUGCAAUGGAUCCAGCAAUGGACGGGAAUCCUCGCCAUUGUGGGAUGGUCCAGUGUCCUCUUCGAGCUGGCGGGAUUCGACGCCUAUAAAGCUCUUUGGCUCGCGGGCCUGGCCAACACCUUUGGCGUGCCAGGAACCGCGGCCGCAGCUUUUGUCAUUGACAAAAUGGGGCGGGUCAAGUCGCUCAUCACCUCGUUUGCCAUCCAGGCUGUGUGCCUGUUCUUGGUCGCCGCCCUGAUCAAGACAUCGCAAGACCAUGCCGCGGCUGACCCAGAACUAUCGCAGCGGCUGGGCACUGCGGCAGCCAGUUUCGUCUUCAUUUAUGUCUGGUUCUUUACUAUGUUCAAUAUCAUCCCCUGCUGGAUAUAUGGCACAGAGAUCUGGCCGCAGGAAGUCCGCGCCAAAGGAUACAGCUUCACCAUCUUUGGCUGGGCCACAGGCUGUGGCUCAACCACGCUGAUCAUGCCCAUCUUUCUAAGCAGAAUUGGAUAUGGCACGUAUCUCUUCUUCGGGGCGAUGAACGUUGUUGUUGCCCCGAUUGUCUGGCUCAUCUUCCCCGAGCUUGCCAAUCGCACUCUGGAGGAGAUUUCGCUUCUCUUCACGAGCGACAGCUUGCUGGCCAGCGAGAACAUGAAGGAAUACCAUCGUCGCAUUGGCGAAGCGGGGGGCAACACUGCCGUUGCAGCUAGACAGCUCCUGGAUGAAGUCGACGGCAAGGACGCGGCAGACACUGUGGAGACUGCAAGCCCCGAUGAGAAGAGAGUUGACGUUAAUCACAGCGCUAUUAUGUAA